AUGUCAGACUGCUCAACAAUCCACUUAGCCUUACCGCAGUGGGUCGGGGGCGCUCGGAAAAUUCGUUUCAUUUACUUAGUGAAUGUAACUUCGUUUAAGUUGUCGGAUAGUCCCGACAAGGGCCCUGUGAUACCACUUUAUUUAGGAGCCGAUCUCCUCUCCAACACUGACAUCCGGAUAGAGAACCAUCCCAGGUACCAUGCCAAGUUUGCCAAAAAAGGACUUGCCACUAAAAUAAAGUUUUCCUCAGGUUUUAGGUUCCAGGGCUUGAGGGUUCCUGCUUCAAACAACAGCCUGUGGUUUUACAGUAUUCAAGGACUUUUUCGAGUUGCCUUUGAAAUGUACACUAAGCAGGAGCAGCUUGCAGUGCUGGAGAACUUCCAGGAUGUUUGGAAAUCUCAGAUAAACGAGAGCCCACUGGAAAUGACUUACAGCCUCAGUGUGCAGCUUGACACUUCAGAGUCCCCCAGUGUGUUUGGAACAGAACUAAAUGAAAUAUCAGAACGUCCUUACUGUGAGGAUGACAGGUGCCUGACCCAGUGUGGCAGUGACAUGGCUGAUACAUCAGCAGAUCAUAACUAUUGCACUUUUUCAUCAGAUAGCCAGCCAGUUGUAGCCACACUAAUAGAAGGACUGCACCGUUUGGCUGACCAGCUCUCCUCUCAACCUCAAAGCUGCACAGAACGUCUGGAAGCCAUCCUGCUGCUUCUUACAUGCAUCGAUCAACAUGUGAAGGGUGAGCUAAAAGAAAAGGAUGCAGCAGAAACUGUGUUAGCCCUGCUGAACGCUGAGGACUGGGCCAAAGACUCUGUGUAUUCGAGUCACCUGCUCACUUGUGUAGGACGUUGGCUCGGCCAGCAGUUUCACGCAGCCAACAGCAGCAUCAGCCAGAAGGUGGAGGGCUUCAAAGUUCAGCACAUCGAGAGAAUAAGUGACCUGCCGCCUGCUGAGGAACUAACCACAGAACUGUUUCCUGAAGCCAUGCAGACGCUGCUGCUUCACUGGAUGGGUUUAUGUGAGGAGUCGACACUAGAAAAGAGACGUAGCGAAUACCCAAUCCUGCUCCUUAUUCUUGAGUUUGCAAACCAUAACCUCAUCACCGGUGUAGCUCAUGUGCUGUACUCAAGCCUUAUAUGCAGGUGA